AUUCAAGAAAGCUCCCUAUCUCUGUUGUUAUCUCAUUUUCGCAGUUAGAUUUGGAAUUCCUUGGCUCAACGGCGGUGACAACAAGGAGUUUUCGUGGUAUCUUUACAUUUCCCGUCAUAUUCCGCACUCCACGUUCCACGUUAGCCCAGCGAAGAGCAAAUUAGUGCAGACCACACUGCUCUCUCGAAAGCGCUGCGUGCCACAGAUAGAAAAUCAGAUAUCUUGUUUGGAAACUUUUGCGGUACCUUUUGUGAAUUUGUCUCGGUCGAACCUUUGCCUCAGGCCAGCUCAAAAUCAUCUGUUGAAGCAAACCCAAGAACGCACGGUACAGCAGAACAGCCAACGCAUUCUCGGAAAGGCCCCUGAAACACUUGAACAAUGAACAGCAUCCCCGAUGAAGUUAAAGAGGUGCUUGGGCAGUUGACUGCCCCCCAACAAGUUGUUCUUCGAAAAUAUAUCGCAACCCUCAGAGCCGAUAUCAAGGGUUUGAAUGAAUCAGUCCUGGGCCUUAAAGACCCCGACGAGCACGCACACUACCAUGGCCAUACCAAAUGCACAGCAGACCACGGGCACUCGGGGCAUGAUCAUGAUUCCGACCAUCAUCACAAAGAACACGACCACUCUCAUGGCCACAAAGAAGAGUCACACGAUCAUGUCAUGGCCACAAAGAAGAGUCUCACGACCACGGCCAUGCCCACAAAAAAGAGUCUCAUGACCAUGGACAUGGCCACAAAAAAGAGUGACCAUGGACAUGGCCACAAAGAAGAGUCACACGAUCAUGGACACGGCCACAAAGAAGAGUCUCACGACCACGGCCAUGGCCACAAAGAAGAGUCUCACGAUCAUGGACAUGGCCACAAAGAAGAGUCUCACGACCACGGCCAUGGCCACAAAGAAGAGUCUCACGACCACGGCCAUGGCACAAAGAAGAGUCUCACGACCACGGCCAUGCCACAAAAAAGAGUCUCAUGA